AUGCCGCCUGCUGAAGCGCCGCAGAAUGAUUUUCAUGCACGCAUCGAUCCUGCGUUGAGGGAUACUCCCGGGCCUGCUCCUCAAUCUUACGAAACGGCUCCACAGGAGCCUUAUCUGCAGCUUUAUCCGAGCAGUGUCGGUGCACAUCGUGAACGACCCGUCCGUGGUGCAGCCCGUAGUGCGCCAUAUCCUUCUGCGCUUGCCAUACCGAAGGAUCCGUCGCGACACGGAUCGGAAGGCGGUCCUCAACGAUAUGCCUCCGAUUCACCGGUCGAUAUGCGGUAUAGGAAUGAGCAUCAUUCGAGCGUGUCGCAGAGUAGCGGAGAUUCGUAUUUGCCGCAUGAGUAUCAACGCAAUCAUCACAGUGUUUCCGCACCCAGCGUACUUGGUGGUUAUGACCAAAACGGAUACGCACCUCAUCAUUCUUUCAACCCUGGUAGCCAUCGGGACGACGCGUCGUCUAAAGAGUCUUCAUCUUCUGGUCAGAAUAUGUCACCGACUUAUUCCGAGCAAAGAUCGCAACCCUCGUCGGCCAACUCACAUUACUCUACUCGGUUUUCACGUAGUCCAACGACUUACCAAAUGACACCUUCCUCGACGACAAGCUAUGGGCCUCCACAACUUAGUAUUCCUAUUCCUUCGAGCACUGGCUCAGCGCCUGGACCUAGUUCUUCUGUUUCGAGUGGUGGCUCGUAUAGUAUCCCUCCGCAUAUGGAACGCAGACCUACGAGUGAGACGGAUAUGUUCAACGGUGUGCACCAAACUCGUACCGAGUAUCACGAAGAUGAGGGGCGUGCGGGUUCUUCUGCAUCGUGGAACUCGGCUCGUUCGACACCUCAUACUGUGGAGUUGAGUUCUCGUUUUUGA